GUACUAGCGCUGAGAAGUGCGCUUCUGCACAGCACGCCGCCGGACGCCAGCUCGGGAGAGACGCACGGAGAGCGCAGCGCAGUGCAGCGCGGAGACUUGAACUGGUUAUCUGGGAAGAGAAUGAUAAAGAAACAGUGAUAAAAGAAAGCUUCUGCUGAAAUGUAACAUUAGAAGCCGUCUGUGAAGUGAUGGGCGUUUCUCUGAGAGGAGGCUUGAAGAGCUAAUUAAAAUGAGGCACUCAGCUUGUCAAUACACCAGCUUAACAGUGCUGGCUCUGUUGUGUUUGGUGUGGGCGAACAGUCAAAGAGCUUUGGCAGUGCCAAGGGGACCAGAUUAUCUUCAGCGUGGCUGGCAGAGGCUCCUUGAAGAAGGUGAGAACUGCGCUGACUGCCGAGCAGAUGAGUGUCCUUCUCCUAGGGGAUGCCUGGCAGGAGUGGUGCUGGAUCAUUGUGACUGCUGCUGGGAAUGUGCCAAUCUGGAGGGCCAGAUCUGUGACUUGGAUAACACCAAUCAUUUCUAUGGCAAAUGUGGAGAGAACCUUGAGUGCAGGCUGGACCUAGGAGACCUUCGGGAAGGGGAAGUUCCUGAACCACAGUGUACUUGCACAUCUAACAAGGCUGUAUGUGGCUCUGAUGGAAAGACCUACCCGCAGAUAUGUAAAUUCCAGGAAGCUGCAAAUGCUCAUCCUACUAAUAAUCUGAAAGUGCAGCAUGAAGGACCCUGUGAAGCAGCACCCCAUAUUGUCUCCCCUCCAUAUGACAUCUGGAAUGUUACUGGAGAAGAUGUCAUAUUUGGAUGUGAGGUUUUCGCCUAUCCCAUGGCUUCAAUUGAAUGGAGAAAAGAUGGCAAUGAAAUGUUCUUGCCAGGAGAUGAUCCUCACAUCUCAGUUCAGUUCAGGGGAGGUCCCCAGAAGUAUGAGGUCUCAGGAUGGCUGCAGAUCCAGGGGAUUCGGCAUGGAGAUGAAGGGACAUACCACUGUUAUGCCAAGAACAGACAUGGGGAAGUGGAAGCCACUGCCAGCUUAACUGUGUUCAAAGCAGGUCAGAUUAACAUGACGGCUCUGCAGCAGCUGAGGACUUCUUCCCAUUAUACAGAGGAUUACUCGGAAAGUGAAGAUGGUGAUGACUAUUAUUAACUCCUUCAGACAGAUGAGAGUUAAAAGGUUGCAAAUAAUCAAACAUAUCUCAGGCUCAUCUCUACUGGGGUUCAUAUUUUUCCACUGUUUGUUGAAAUAUUUAUCUAGAGAAAAAGAAAAUCCCAUGUAAACAUAUUUAUAAUAUGCAGAGAGCAUGCUGCUUUUGUCUUGUGUAUAGGUUUCUCAUGGUGCUUCCUCUUUAUGUAGCAUAAAUGAUAAAAGGCUUGUAAAAGAAAGCACUUGCAGUAUUCAACUAUUUUUUAUGAAAUAUGUAUAGUUACCUCUACAUUUCUGAAUGAUUUUGAUGUGAUUUAUCAUCUUAUUGACUUGAAUUAUAUUUAAAUUAUUCAAAUACUGGAAAAUACAUUGUUAUCAUAUGCCUAUUUGCAAGAGAAAUGCCAGGUCUUUCUAUGCAUUUUCCAAAGUGGUGCACUUUUCAUUAAAUGUCCAAAAAUAUUAUAGCUAGCUAUUAUGUUAAAAUAAUUUCCUAUUCAAUGAAAUGGUAAGAUGCUUUUUUUGUCUUGUUCCUGUGUAACAAAUAUUUGCAAAUAAAAGAUAGAACAAGUAGCAAAAUGAA